AUGACAAUGGACAUUCAAAAUAGCUAUCAAAAUUAUAAAGAACAAUCUCCGGAAUCUAAGGAGACCAAUUUAAAUAUAGAAAGUGCUAAAACUUCUCAACAUACUAAACCUGACAUGCAGUCCACUGUGAUCAAUCAAGGCAAGGCUUCGAAAAGAUCAUUUGAUGUGGCUUUCUUGAUGAUGCCAGAUGAAAAAAUUCGCCAAAUUCAACCCGAAAGACAGUUGAGAGUUUCAAAACAGCUGUUCAAUACAGAAGAAUGGGAGCAGCCGACUAAAAGAGUUUCAGAUGUUUAUAAGCAAAGCGAAUACUCUAACGAUAAUACCCUCGAUUCCAAAGAUCCAGAUGAAGACAGAGUUCGUGUUAACAAUAACAUGUCCCCAAGUUUUGGUUCUGAUAUAAAUAUUGAUGUCGGUACUGACGAGUAUCCGAGUAAGGUUAUGUACUGUAGCGAUUCCGAUACUUCCGAGAGAUCGCGAAGUCGCCCUAACUCAAACGAGAGUGCUACUAGACAGCCAAAGUUUUUACACGAGUAUAAGAAUAAAAUUUUUGAUGAUCCCACUCUUAUAAGUAUACAAACAAGAGCAAGAUUUGAGAAUCGCUUCGGAGAAAAGCAACACGAUAUAUCACCUAGAAGUGCUUUCACCAAAGUGUCUAAUUUUUCAGUCCGAUCGCCGAAUCCAUCAGUUAGUCCAGAUAACUUAUUAUAUCAGAACUCCGUAAGUCCUCCGUUAUCUGCCUCUAGUCCUUCAACAAACUCUUACAAUAAGGGUUUCAACAAUCUGCUGACACCCGCGCAUUUGCUGAAUGGUCACAAUUUCUUCAAGUCUCAAAACGUACCUUCAACGUCACCGAAUUAUCCAGAAGCAAGUCCAAUGCAGCGAACAAGUGCAUCGUUCAAAGCGAUCGAGUACCAAGGUAAACACGAUGCGAAAUCAACGCAAAUGUCAUCAAAUAAAAUGAAUUUUAUUCCAUUUCGACCUGAAUUACCGUAUUUACAAGCUGGACCGUCAUAUCCAUUCGGUGUUCAGAACUUUCAGCAGCCAAAUUCUGACUUUUUGAAAUUUCAAGGACCUCCGCGUGAACCGGUAAACCCUUUAAUUGCAAAUCCUGCGGCUGCAAUUCUAAGUACACUUCUACCAUCAACCAUAGCGGCGUUUUCCUUACCAGCACAAAACGUAUGCGCCAAAUGCAGUAUAAGCUUCAGAAUGACAUCAGAUUUAGUUUAUCACAUGAGAACCCACCAUAAGAGCGAGUCAACUGCAGAUCCAAAUAGGAGAAAAAGGGAAGAAAAAUUAAAAUGUCCUGUAUGUAACGAAAGUUUUAGAGAGAGACAUCAUCUUACGAGACACAUGACGGCGCAUCAAGAUAAGGAGGGCGAUUUGGAUGACAUAUCGGCUUCACAAAGCUUUAACAAAAAAAGCAAACAAUUUUACUCCCAUAACGGAGGAUCUAUCCUCCAUAAAUAA